GUAGAGCAAGCACAAGCUGCAAGCCCGCCCGCACUCUCUGGAGGGCAGCACUGGGACGACGAACUUCCUUCGGCGUCCAAAGCAACCUCUUCUUAUUGCCCGCCAGCAGAGCGGGUGCUUGUCGAAGUUGCCCCCAAAAGAUCCGGAGCGCUGCGCCCAGAGAGACCUUUGCUCCCGCGGGACUGAGGGGUGGGGGGUGGGGAAUCCCGCGGGCGAGGAAAAGGAAGCCCGGCUCCGCUCCUAAAUUUCAAUCCGCGGCCGGGCGUUAACCUUAUCUGCCUUCCCUUCCGCGGGGCUGCUUUGACGGCGCCUUUUCCUCCAGGCCGGGCUCGCGCUCCGCCUCGGGGAGAGAAACCCCGACGGACCCAGCGCUCGAGUUCCAAAGCGGCGCCCCGUUCCCUCUUCGCGUUGACAGGGCAGCGAAAGCGCAGCCCUCCCUCUUGUACGUACGCUUCCCAAGGAAGGCACGGCGGCGGCGAGCAGGCGAAGGAGCCAGCGGCGUCGGUGCAGAAAGAAGGUGGACGCGCGGCUUCCCGCACAGGCAUCAUGUGGGUCUGUUGGUAAGAGGGGUGGGGGGGGAACCGAUCCCCGCUCCUCCGCCUCGCUCCCCCUCCCUCGGCACGCGCAGCGGCACCCGCUCCGGCAAGGCAGAAGGAGACGAGGCGAGCCCCGGAGGCCGCAGGGAAUAAUCGGAGAAUUGGUGGUGGAAAAAAAAAAAAAGGAAAGCAGAAGAAGAAAAUAUUUCCUGGCAAGAUGGCCGACUUGGAGGCUGUGCUCGCCGAUGUGAGCUACUUAAUGGCUAUGGAGAAAAGUAAAUCGACUCCGGCGGCUCGAGCCAGCAAGAAGAUCAUCCUACCUGAGCCGAGCAUCCGCAGUGUUAUGCAAAAAUACUUGGAGGAUCGGGGUGAAGUCACCUUUGACAAGAUAUUUUCUCAAAAGAUUGGGUUCCUACUAUUCCGAGAUUUCUGCUUGAAUCAGGUAGAGGAGGCCAAACCACUGGUGGAAUUCUAUGAAGAGAUCAAAAAAUAUGAGAAGUUGGAUUCUGAUGAGGAUCGAGCAGUUAAGAGCCGCCAGAUCUUUGACAUGUACAUCAUGAAGGAACUGUUGUCCUGCUCUCAUCCCUUCUCAAAAACAGCCACAGAGUACGUGCAAACUCGUCUGAGCAAAAAGCAAGUGCUGCCUGACCUGUUCCAACCAUACAUUGAAGAGAUCUGCCAAUGUCUGCGUGGGUCUGUCUUCCAGAAGUUCAUUGAGAGUGACAAAUUCACACGCUUCUGCCAAUGGAAAAAUGUGGAGCUGAACAUCCAUCUGACCAUGAAUGACUUCAGUGUCCAUAGGAUCAUCGGACGUGGUGGAUUUGGAGAAGUCUAUGGCUGCCGGAAAGCAGAUACGGGAAAAAUGUACGCCAUGAAGUGUCUAGAUAAGAAGCGUAUUAAGAUGAAGCAGGGGGAGACAUUGGCUCUGAAUGAACGCAUUAUGCUGUCUCUUGUCAGCACUGGGGAUUGCCCCUUCAUCGUGUGCAUGUCAUAUGCCUUCCAAACUCCCGACAAGCUCAGCUUCAUCCUGGACCUCAUGAAUGGGGGUGAUCUACAUUAUCACCUCUCCCAGCAUGGGGUCUUCUCGGAGAUAGAGAUGCGUUUCUAUGCAGCAGAGAUCAUUCUGGGUCUGGAACACAUGCACAAUCGUUUUGUGGUUUAUCGUGACCUCAAGCCAGCCAACAUCUUGCUAGAUGAAUUUGGUCAUGUCCGCAUCUCAGAUUUGGGACUCGCCUGUGAUUUCUCCAAGAAGAAGCCUCAUGCCAGUGUUGGCACACAUGGGUACAUGGCACCAGAGGUUUUGCAGAAAGGUGUGGCCUAUGACAGCAGUGCUGAUUGGUUUUCUUUAGGCUGCAUGCUCUUCAAACUUCUGAGGGGGCAUAGCCCUUUUCGACAGCACAAGACUAAAGACAAACAUGAGAUUGAUCGCAUGACACUCACUAUGGCUGUGGAGCUCCCAGACUCCUUUUCACCUGAGCUACGCUCUUUGUUGGAGGGACUGUUACAGAGAGAUGUCAACCGUCGGCUGGGCUGUAUGGGUCGUGGGUCACUUGAAAUCAAGGAGAAUCCAUUUUUCCAGGGUGUGGACUGGCAGAUGGUUUUUCUCCAGAAGUAUCCUCCACCUUUGAUUCCACCACGUGGGGAGGUAAAUGCAGCAGAUGCUUUUGACAUUGGCUCAUUUGAUGAAGAAGACACCAAAGGAAUUAAGCUACUGGAUAGUGACCAAGAGCUCUAUCGCAACUUUCCGCUCACCAUCUCAGAGCGCUGGCAGCAGGAGGUGACAGAGACUGUCUUUGAUACGGUCAAUGCUGAGACUGACAAGCUGGAGGCCCGCAAAAGAGCAAAGAACAAGCAGUUGGGCCAUGAGGAAGAUUAUGCUUUGGGCAAAGACUGCAUCAUGCAUGGCUAUAUGUCAAAACUAGGGAAUCCUUUCCUUACUCAGUGGCAGAGGCGAUACUUCUACCUCUUCCCAAAUCGCUUGGAGUGGCGUGGAGAGGGAGAAUCUCCGCAGUCCCUGCUCACUAUGGAAGAGAUCCAGUCAGUGGAGGAGACACAAGUAAAAGAUCGAAAAUGCAUUCUGCUUAAGAUCCGGGGAGGCAAGCAAUUUGUUCUGCAGUGUGAUAGCGAUCCUGAGCUGGUGCAGUGGAAGAAGGAGCUGCGUGAUGCUUAUCAAGAAGCUCAACAGCUGCUGCAGAGGGUACCCAAAAUGAAACAUAAGCCACGCUCUCCAGUGGUAGAGCUAAGCAAGGUCCCACUGAUUCAGCGCAGCAGCAGUAGUACCAAUGGCCUCUGACCUUCCUUGACUUCAUUUCCCAUCCUUAAUUUAUUCAGCUGGAUUUGCCCACCAUCCCCACCCUCUCUUCUGUCUCUUCUUGCUGAUCAUUGUGAUGUCCACCCAACCCCCAGGGAUACAAUGAGGGGGUGGGGGUAUUCAGAAAGCGUGGGACAGGUUCCCUCCUCCCCUAUCCCCUCUGCACAUGGGGAUCAAUACCCAUUCCAGGGGUAGGAGAUUGAUAAGGUGGAUAAGAAUCUACUCAUUCCCUACUGAGAAAGGCUGAAAUUAAGGCCUUGCCCCUAAAUAGGACCAACAGAAGGAAAUCUGAAGUGUGCCAAGCAUCUUGAGCAGUUCCUUCCUACUUUCUCAUUGUGGUGCCAGAUGUGUGCUAAAGUAUACAUGAGGUAUACCACAGAUCCUGCUAGCUUGGGCCUUGUUGACAUGGCAUUUUGGGAAUGUACAUUGUCUUAAAAUAAGUCCUCUUUAACGCUAGCAGAAAUGAGGAGAAAUCCACAAGGCAAUCUGAAAUUCAGACCCUUUUCCUUCCCAUACCGAACUCUUGACAAGGGUUCUACAGUAGAUCCUGAAGAAAUCUAUCUUAGUUCUUGCCAGAGAGAUCUGAAGAAUGCAUCUUCACCUAUCCCGAGUUUUGGGUAGGGUGGCAUUAAGCAUCUCUUUCAGGAUUGGAUGGGGUUCCACUCCAGGCUGGGAAUGAGGUCUGGCCUUUAAACAAUUACACAGUAAUAGGAACUCCUAAUAAAAAUGUAGCCCUGUUCUUUCCCAGUGCUCUGUCCAGGUCCUUAAUCCUUACUAUUACCUUCUUAUUCUACCAUUCACCAUUCCAAAUCUGAUAUUUCCAACCCAGGACAGCAGCUGCUGCUUCAGCAGCAGCCUUAGGAACUGAAAUCCUUUGCUAUUCCAGGCCUGAACAGGCAUUCUCAAUCAAUGGUGCCAAAUUUCAAGAUGGUCUUGUGCCUGUUCCUGUUAGCAGAGAUGAAGUUGUGCUCCCUGUGACCCCAGGAGAGAUCUGGAGAGACCCGUGUUUGUCUUGCCCAGAAUAUAUUAAUGCCUCCAACUCUUUUCUUUGAAGUCAGGUGAGAAUUGCCCCCGUUUCUGCUGUCUCCACUGCCAAAACUUAUGCUGCUUUGCUGUGGAAAGAGGCAGGGGCAAUGGUUUUCAUGCCAAAAGUGAUUUGGAGCUGCCCGAGCCACAUUUCGGGGCCUCUUGAGGCUAGAGCUGGACUGCAGUAGCUGAAAACAGCCUGAUCAAGGCUUUGUGCCAACUCCCAAGUGUCUGAAGGAUUCUGUAAAUAAAUUUGUGCCAAGGGACCAGGUUGGUUUGAAAAGCUAAGCCUGCUCGUCUCCCCUUUUCCGGUAUGCCUUGUAUUAAACAGUGUUCCCUUUCAAGCCCCCUCCCACCUUCCCACCCAAGCGUUAUGAUUUCUCCCACAGGAUGGUGAGAAAUCUCAGGUCGAAUUGCCCCUGUAUCCGCCUUCCUCCUUUCAUUUGCAAUUAAGGGGGGUUGGGGUGGACGGCUUUCAGUUGGGGGUCAGGUUUCAUGCCCCAAGCGCAUGCAAUUGCCUCUGCUGCAUGCCCCCUCCCCCCCCCCAUGUGAUGAAUUUUGCCUGUUCUGCCAUCUGAUUUCCCCCCUUCCUUCCAAGAAGAGGUGGAAUAAAAAACCCUGUCCCUGCAGUGUCUGUAAAUAUUGAUCUCUGGUUUGUUUCUCUGGGUUAUUAUUAUGGAUUUUUUGCCGAUUUUUGAAUGUGAUUUUAAUGAGUGGGAUAAAUACUGUUUUUUUAUAAUAAAAAAUCCAAAACCC